CCGCCGAGUGACCCCGCCGAGGAAGCCCGCCCGCAGCGCCGAGAUGGAGAAGGCCGGCUCCCUGCACGCGUCGGUGCCCACGCCGCCACCGCGGCUCUACCUCCCGCGGAACUUCAGCUGCACCGCCUGCCUCUACGGCAGCCUGGCCGAGCAGUGCAAGGGCGGCUGCAGCCCCGAGCUCGAGGCGGUGGAGCCGCUGCCCCUGCCCGCGCCCUCCUCGCCGCCCGUCACCCGCGAAGCCGAGGCGGCCCGGCCGCCGCCGCCGCCGCGCUCGCCCUCGCCGCCCCUGCCGUCGCCACCGCCGGCCUCCCGCGGCAGGGAGCCGACGCUGCCGCCCGUGCCGCCCAGCCCGACCCUGCGCCGGCGCGCCAAGUCGCUGCCCACGCCGGGCGAGCGGGGCCUCCGGCCGGCCCUGCAACACAGCCCGUCGCGCCGCAAGACGGUGCGCUUCGCCGACUCGCUGGGGCUGGAGCUGACCGCCGUGCGCCACUUCUGCCAAGCCGACGUGCCGCGGGUGCCGCCGCCACCCGCACCGCUCGCCGCCACCCCGCAGCCGCGCGGCGCCGACCUGCUCAAGACGCGCAAGCCGCCGGCGCUGGGCGAGCUGGAGCCGGUGCUCUUCGGGCCGCCAGCGCCCGUCCUGGAGCCUCUCUUCCCGCCGCAGCCCGGCGCGGGCGCGGGGUUCGCGGAGCGCGUGCGGCAGCACAAGGUGCGGCUGGAGUGGGUGCGCCCCGAGGCGGCCGGGCUGCGCGGCGCCGUGCGCGUCCUCAACCUGGCCUACGAGAAGGCCGUCUCGGUGCGCUACACGCUCAACCGCUGGGCCAGCUGCAACGAGGUGCCCGCCGCCUACCUGCCGCCGCCCGCCGCCGCCCACGACGGCCAGACGGACCGCUUCGCCUUCCACCUGCCCGUGGGCGCCGGCACCACGCUGCUCGAGUUCGCCGUCCGCUACCGCGUGGCUGACGCCGAGUACUGGGACAACAACGACGGGCACAACUACAAGCUGCGCGGCAGGCAGCGGCCCGACAGCCACGAACCCGAUGGCGGCGGCGCCUGGAUCCACUUCAUCUGAACCGGGCUUGGCUCGUGCCUCGCCGGGAC